CACCCUUGUGGCAGCGGUGGGAGCGGUGGCUCAGUCCGCUUGUGGGACCCGCAGGAAGUGAACCCAGAGAGAGCGUUGUGUCUGUCUGGAGAUAUCCUGCUGUGAUGGAGCGUCUGAGAGCCCUUCGAGGUCUCUUUGCUUGUGUGGGCUGCAUGCCCAGGCGUACGCGUCGCAGGGAGAGAAGCAGGGUGUCAAGCCCUGUCCCUACCUGCGCCGUGACUUUGCUGCUGCAGUGCCUGCAAGAUCGGGAGGGUGACCGAGCGCAGGCGUACUAUGAGCUGGAGAGCGCCCUGUGGGAAGAUGACAGCCGCCCGCCGUGCGGAGUGGUGAACCGGCUGCUGGCAGAGGUGUCCCAGGACCUGACGGCAGCCCAGGGCGUGACCAGCAAUGUGAGGACAGCUGCCAGCAAUGUCCUGGUGGCUCUGGCUCGGACGCACUUCACUUUGGUGAUGGCUGAGCUCCAGAGCCACCUGAAGGCCGUGGGGGAGAUGUCCAAGGAGUAUGUGCUCAUCACCCUGAGCAAACUCUUCAGCACCUAUGCUCCACAAUGCAUCCCCUUUGUGUGGCUGACGCUGGCCGGCCUGCGCAGUGUGGUUGGCCAGGUGAGGAGCGGCCAGAUCCUGCGCAUCGCUUGUGCUGUUGUGAAACAGUGGUUGGACGGAGUGAAGAUUAACUUGUCCUCUGGAAUGCAAUGCCCCUGGCCUGCCAUGGAGAAAGGGCAGAUCUAUGAGAACCUUCACGAGCUGCUCUUCUCUGUGCUGAGGAACUGGCAGGACUGCCAGGAGGAGAAGGACAGAGAGGCCGUCCUCGGGGCUGUGUCUGCCAUGUUGGAUGUUCUCCUGCAAGAGGAGCUGCACCGAGAGCACGUCUGGGAGGAGCUCCUCUGGCUCAUUCACCCGUGUCAGGAGAUCCAAGACACGUGCAGGGUGGCCAAGAGCCUCACUCUCUUCCUGGAGGUCUUAGAGGGCAUUGACUCUGUCAUCCCAAAGGACAAGUUUCAGGACAUCACCAGUGCCGUGUUCUACCAGCUCUAUGACGACAGCAAGCAGCACAGCAAGGCUGAUUGUGCAGAGCUGACCCACUGUAUCAUGCUGCAGGCCCGAAUCUGCCCAGAUGAAAUGAUCCUGUUUCUGCAGUCACAGCUGGGCGAUGACUGGGAGGCUGGAUGCGUGGCAGCCCUGGGUCUGCUUGGUGCUCUGGUUUGCUCUGAUGAUCCCAUGAUGACAGAGAAGCUGCCCCAGGUUGUGGAGGCUGUGCAGCGUCUGUGCAGCGACCCCAGGAUUCGGGUGAGGAGGGCCGUUCUGCAUUUCAUUAAUGAUCUGCUGAAUGCUAAUGCCCGGAGCUGCUCAGCUUGGGAUGUGGUGGGGCACAUCUUCAGUGAGUUCAGCCGCACCACGGAAAGAAGGGCAGCUGGAAACCUUUCCAUCCAGGAAGCCCAGGAAGAAGGAGCUCUCCAGGCACUGUGCAUGGACAUCCUGGGGUCACUGGACAUCUCUGUGAGAGGGAUGUCCAAACUCCUGUGGCCGCGGCUGCUGUUGUUUGUGGUGCCAGCCCAGUACACUGGCAUGCUGAUCCCGGUCUCCCGCUGUGUCCAAGCCCUGUCUGAGAGAGAGGAUCUGACAGGACGGCGGAUCGAAGAUCUGGAUCCCCAUUUUGUCAGCUCCAUGUUUCAAGGCCCACUGCUGACUCCCCAGACACUGCUGGUGCGCCUAUUGGUGGUGGCAGGCAGCCCUGUUGCAGGCAGCGAACUCCAAGCUGCUGCCUUACUGCUGAUGCAAAACCUGCACAGCAGGUUCCACAGAGCUGUGGGGGCCAUGUGGGCUACUGAGAUCCCCCUGCUGCUGCAGUGCCUCGAAGGGAAAGAGGAGAGCUUUCUGGACUCUGCAGAGUUUGAGCGCCGUCUGCUAAAGUUCCUGAGGGCAUCAGUGGACACCACACAGGAUGAGGCCUGGAUUGAGGCCCUGAGCUGCGAGCUGAGCCGGUGGCUGAGCAGCUCUGCCUGCAGCUCUGGAGAAAAGUCUUUCCUGUACAAGGCUCUGGGGACAGUGCUGGGAGCCUGUAAGGGAGUCCUUCAUGUCCAGGAGAAGCUGCUGCAGCACCUGGAGGAAGCAAAUGCGGAGGAGCCAUGUGAGGCCCAGGGAAUCAUCUCUCUUCUCAGCCAUGCUGCUGAGAGCAACUUCCAGACAGUCCUGGCCACACUCACUAUCUUUGCGUCCAGGCUGUGCAAAGGCCGCAAUGCAAGGAUUUCCAGGCGCAAGAAGAUGGAGCUGGACAGCACGAGAGCUCAUGCCACACGCAGCGCUCUCAUGCUUGCCCACGGCAGCUUGGCACUGCGUGCCUCCAAGGAACAGCUGCUCGCCCACCUGGAGGGAGACAUCGCAGGCAACAUCCUGAUGCUCUACAGCUGCAGCUGCCGGGACUUGCAGAACAACCUCGCGCUGGUGCAGAGCAUCACCGACUUCAGCUCUGCCUUCCAAGCUGUGGGUGACUCGGCCUGCUUUAACCCCUCCUUGAAGGGCAAGCUGCUGGAGAUCCUGAUGGACCUGCUGAAGAAGUAUUACUCGGGCAUCCCUGUCUCCCCGGUGCCCCUCAAGGUGGUUCUGGCCCUGGAGCAGUUGAGCAAGCUGAAGCCCUCUUUUGAAAGCAAGGACAUGGGUGAGAUGUUGGUCCUGUGCUGCAAAAACAUUGUGACACACCCUUCAGCAGAGAUGAUGCUGAAGAUCAGGAAGUCACAGCAAGCAGCUCAGUACCUGCAGCUUCAGCAAACAUCACUGAAAGCUCUGGGCCAGCUCAUGGCGGUCCUGCUGGAGACAGAGCCCAUCGGCAGCUUCUUUCAGAACAUAGUCCAUGUCCUGCGGAGAUCAUUGAUAUCAGAGAACGUGUGGGAGCGCAAGAGGGCCCUGCAGACCUGCUCCCAGCUUCUGUCUGUUUGUGAAGAGCGUCAAAGAGGAGAUGCCUGCGAGCACUUUGGCUCCUUGGUGGGAUUGCUGGCACCUCUGACGUGCGACCCCAUGCCUGCAUCCCGCCAGUUGGCUGUCACCUGUCUGAACUCCCUUCUCCGAAUCCAAGACAAAGCAGCCAACAGAGUCAUUGAGACAAGAGACAUCAGGAGCCUGUGUGAGGGGCUGCAUGCCUGCAGUGUCGUCUCUCAGCUCCAGACCACGUCCAAAAUGGCAAGAAUCGUGUGCAGAAACUUCCCUGUCGAACGCACCGUCGACUUCAUGAUGGCCAUCAAGGAGACCAUCCGGACAGCCAAAGGAGUGCGCGUGCGUGCUGCUGGGAAGUGGAUGACCACCUUUCUGCAGAUGAUCAGGAAGGACAUCUGUUGGAACGUGCCACCGAUCCUCUACAUCCUGCGCAGCUGCACGUCAUCCCCGCAGCAGAGCACGUUCAUGCCCUUCCUGUGCCAGGCAGUGGCCAUCCUCACCCUCUGUCACAAGGAGUUCAUGAUUGAAAACUUCUCCCGGCUGCUUGAGCCCACAGACAGUGAGACGUGGAGGAGAAUAAGAGAGUUUUGCCUUCAACGGUGGAGCCAGUAGAAGAAAAGAAAGGGAAAGAAAGGAAAAGACAAGACAAGACAAGAGAGCAGAAGGAAGAGAAGGGAAGAGAA